GGGAAAGCACGCGCCGCCGCAGUAGCGAGGGUCCUGACGCCGGGGAGGAAGAGGCUGUCGCGGGCGAAGCGCUGCUGUGCGGUGUGGGCCGAGCGCGCGGCUGCGGAGUGCGCAGACCCCCCUCCCCUGCCGCGGCUGCAGGUCCCGGCACGUGCUUUCGGCGGCGACAUGGAGCUGGAGGAGUUGGGGAUCCGGGAGGAAUGUGGCGUGUUCGGCUGCAUCGCCUCCGGAGAGUGGCCCACGCAGCUGGAUGUGCCGCACGUGAUCACCCUGGGACUCGUGGGGCUGCAGCACCGGGGUCAGGAGAGUGCUGGCAUUGUGACAAGUGAUGGAAAUUCAGUACCAACAUUCAAAACCCACAAGGGAAUGGGCCUUGUAAAUCAUGUCUUUACCGAAGACAAUUUGAAGAAAUUAUAUGUUUCAAAUCUUGGAAUUGGACACACGAGAUAUGCCACUACCGGAAACUGCGAAUUAGAAAAUUGUCAGCCCUUUGUUGUUGAGACACUUCAUGGAAAAAUCGCUGUGGCGCAUAAUGGCGAGCUGGUCAAUGCUACUCGAUUAAGGAAAAAGCUUCUGCGUCAUGGUAUUGGCCUGUCAACAAGCUCUGAUAGUGAAAUGAUUACCCAAUUAUUGGCAUAUACUCCUCCUCAGGAGCAAGAUGACACCCCAGACUGGGUAGCAAGGAUUAAAAACCUAAUGAAGGAAGCACCUACAGCAUACUCUCUGCUUAUAAUGCAUAGAGAUGUUAUUUAUGCAGUGCGGGAUCCUUAUGGAAAUCGUCCUCUGUGCAUUGGUCGUCUUAUUCCUGUAUCUGAUAUCAAUGAUAAAGAGAAAAAAUCCUCAGAAACUGAAGGAUGGGUGGUGUCUUCAGAAUCUUGUAGUUUUUUAUCUAUUGGCGCAAGAUAUUACCGUGAAGUCUUGCCUGGAGAAAUUGUGGAAAUAUCCAAACAUAAUAUCCGAACUCUUGAUAUUAUAUCAAGAUCUGAAGGAAACCCAAUGGCUUUUUGUAUCUUUGAGUAUGUUUAUUUUGCAAGACCAGAUAGUAUAUUUGAAGACCAAAUGGUUUAUACAGUAAGAUUUCGUUGUGGUCAGCGACUGGCAGUUGAAGCACCUGUGGAUGCAGAUAUGGUUAGCACUGUUCCAGAAUCUGCCACGCCGGCUGCUCUUGGCUAUGCAGGAAAGUGUGGACUUCCAUACGUGGAGGUGCUGUGUAAAAAUCGAUACGUUGGCAGAACCUUCAUUCAGCCAAACAUGAGAUUAAGACAGCUUGGUGUUGCAAAAAAAUUUGGAGUAUUAUCAGACAACUUUAAAGGCAAAAGAAUUGUUCUUGUAGAUGAUUCCAUUGUGAGAGGCAAUACCAUCUCACCCAUAAUAAAACUGCUCAAAGAAUCUGGUGCAAAAGAGGUACAUGUUCGAGUAGCUUCACCACCAAUUAAAUACCCAUGUUUCAUGGGAAUAAACAUACCAACAAAAGAAGAACUUAUUGCCAAUAAACCUGAAUUUGACCAUCUUCCAGAAUAUCUAGGAGCAAACAGUGUUGUAUAUCUCUCAGUAGAUGGACUGGUUUUAUCUGUACAAGAAGGGAUAAAACAUAAAAAACAGAAAGCGGAAAAACAAGAUAUUAUGAUACAAGAAAAUGGGAAUGGUCUGGAACGUUUUGAAAACAAUGGUCAUUGUACAGCUUGUCUUACUGGAAAAUACCCUGUGAAAUUGGAUUGGUAGCUGGUUUGGCAUUCUUGUUCUUUCAAGAUAAGAAGUUGGUGAAGAAGUUACAGUUGUUAUACGUUAUGUAUUUACUGUUAUUCAUUUGGUACAAUGUAAAAUGACACCUGCUUGUGUUUACCUUUAUAAGCUUUGAUAAUUUUUUUCCUGAAGAGUACCAAAGUACAAUGUUUUCUAGACAAAGCCCUAGAUUGAUGUUUUGGCAUUAUCUAAGAAUUUGGAUGAGCCUUUCAUUUUAUUUAGUAGGUUAGUGCUUUGAAGCUACUAAUAAUGAGAUUUCAUAUUUAAUUUCAGAGCAUUGAAGUAUAAUGUAAAAGAACAGGUAAUGUUGUGUUGUCAAGUAGUGUACCUUUUGUGGAAUGUUUUUUGGGGAGUUACUCAGUUGUGGAGGUGGAGUAUCUUCAGAAUUGAUCCUUGCUACUUGCUUAUUUUAAAAGAGCAGCAUUGUGUUGUUUCUUGACCAGCCUUCCUCAUUUCUUCAGCAGAGGAAAGGAAUUCAUGGCAUUUGCCCAGACCAUGUUUCAAUUAUCAGAGGGUAGACUAAGAUGGUACAAACAGGCAGAUGAAUUAGAUAGAAUAUUUCCUGUGAAGCUCAAUUCUAUUAUACCUCAAAGGUGUCUGUCCCCUAGAGUUUCUGUUUGUAGUUGGGACCUUGUCUUCCCUGUUUACCAUGAUAGAAAUGUUACGGGGGGUGGGGGGGAAUCAUACCUUGAGAUGCCUCACUUUCCCCACCAGUGUAAUGGGGUACUUACAUGACUAAAUCAGAUGAUAGGGAUGUGCAUCAGUGUCAUGUUUUCAGUGGUUACGACCAUUACUUCACCCCUGUGUUUUAAAGUAGAGCAUGAGUCUUGGCUUUGGAAAUGUUGACAUCUGUAAUUACACUGUAGUAGUGGAAAGCAGAAUUCACUGUGCCUUGCUGUCUCUUUUUACGUGAAACAAGGUGUGUUUUACUGAGUGAAACUUGCUUAGAAAGAUGUGAGAAGAGAGAAAGAGGGGAAAUGUGUUCAAGGGAGAACAUAGGCUUCUCCAGAGUGGAAAUAAGCAAGCCGAGAGAGAAAGAGAGACAAACAAGGGAGCUAACAGUUCAGAUGAGAACAUAGGCUUGAAGAGUGAGUGAGCCCUAGCCAUCUUUUCUGAAAUGCCUGAAGAACAGUUGUAAAACCAUGUCUGUAGAAGACCUUUUCCUACACUGGACUGGAGAGAACUCCCCAUCCUACUUAGUCUUCUUACAGUAGAAGCUCAACAAGUAACCAUGUACAUUUUGAAAUAAAACAAUUUUUUAGAUUCUAACAAGCAAUUUAUGCUUAAUUUGUUUAAUUGUAUGUUUUUGUAAAAUGAAGUCUUUGAUCACUUAUAAGCACAUUUGCAUAUAUGUUCAUCUAUGGACAUGUAUUGUUCGCAAUUAAAUAAUCGAGUGGAAACACGGGACCAAUUUUCUUUAAGAAUUAAGAAGACUUUUUUGGUACUUUGUAAUUAGCAUACCCAUCCACUGCCAAAUGACAACUUGCCUUUUUUCUUUUGGUACUGACUUAUUGGGAGCUAAUGACUUAGAUCUUUUGCAAGUAUUUUUUUUUUAUUGUUACCUCUAAGAUUUAAAAUUUUAAGACACCUUACCCCAUCCCUUGUCUUUGUAAGAUUUUCAAAACAAAGCCGAUUUUUGCUUUUCUAUCAUAAUCUGAUAUAUUGUAUUCAGAUCCAUUUGGAAAUUAAUAUUUAUUAACAGUUAAAAUCUUUUCAUUUAGUAUAUCCUCUCAUGUGUUUUAUUCCAGCAGGCUGAGGUAAAAUCUUGACAGCUCUUCUGAGCCUUUGUGCAGUCCACAGCAGUGGGUCAUGUGUCCCCUGGCAGAAACACAAGUAAAUUAGCAGAUGAAUUGAGCCCCUGGGACCAUUUGUGUGUAUAGCCUCUUGUCUUAAAAUGUAUUACUCAAAGCAGCUGGGAGGAGGCAAGACCUGUGGGUCAAUUUUGAACCGGCCUUACUCACUUUUGAUUUUUAAAAGCAAGAAACUCAGGGAAAGUACUAAGUCAGAAUUUUUAACUUGACUUUUGUGUUUUUCAUGCUUUUUUUCAUAGUUUUUACUUUGCUUUAUUGAGAUGAUUUAAUAAAAGAAUAUUGUACUGUCA